AUGAUUCCUUCUCGAAGAGACAGUCUUUUCCCGCCCGGAUCCCUAGGCCGCAACUCACCAGUAUCGCGUACAGCAUCUCACGAAAGCCUUUCGACUCACCCUCUGCUAUCCCCACCCCCACCCGGCUCACCCACAUCAGCUACGUCUGUUGAGUCAGCAACAUCUAGCUCCCCGCGCUAUGUCCCGUAUACCCCGCGUCAGCGCGUCGCCCCCACAUCCGCGACCACCGGCACGACGAUGCAUCCGAGCAUCAGUGCCCCGCAGCAACAGAGCACAAGCGACGCGACGAGCAAACUACAGGUCAUGAAUCUCAAGGCUGCCGCGCAACGCAUUGGUCUUGACUCGGGGAGCGUGGGCUGGGCCAUAUUGGAGCGUCUGAGCACGGAGACAGAUCACGGUCCCGAAUGGAAUGACAUUUGGAAUGCGCUGUCUGUGAGCAAGGCGACCCUCCUCCUUCCUCUCGAACCGUACAAGCCCAGCGAGGUAAUCACAGCAGAAUUCAUCAAAGACCACAUAGCACUUUGUGACGGUCAAGCGAAGAGCAAUGCGCCCAUCGUCACGCUAUCGGGACUGCGCGGAACGCUUACAGACGCCACAAUAACAUUUCGAUCCGUACUUUCACCCGCGUCUGAGCAGUUUCAGAAGUUCCUCUCGCCCGCGUCCCGUUCAUCCGCACUUUCUGCGCUUCCCCCUCUCCCGCAACCCCUCGUCCCACAUACUGUCGUGCCAUCCUCGCCAUCUUCAUCGACCUCGUCCAUCCCGUCGGUGUCACAAUACCCAACUUUCACGGUCCCGUCCCACAGUCAUGCACUUCCUCUUCCCCCCCGUCCUUCUGCGCAGAAACCUCCACUUCCCCCACGUCCUGGUGCUCGCGUCGCCUCUGGCCCUCCGCAUGCAGCUGCCCGCCUCUCAACAUCAUUUGCCUCUCUCUUUGGCCGCGGCACACCUCCCGCCAGCCCGUCUACGACACCCUUGCCACUGCACCCUGACCCUACGCCGGCACCCGGAACUACACCUCCCUCAGGCGCCUUGAGUGAGCGCGCGGUCCCACAGGAACAUACGCUAGACGUUCCUGCCUACACUAUCACAUCUCGCAUCGACCGUGCCGCACUCGGGCGCGCGCUUACGGAUGCGCUCACGAGCGAGCUACGUGCCGUGCUCGGCGAGGCAGGCGUCCCGCCAUGGGCUAUUGCACGAGUGGAGCGCUUUGCUGCGCCGCUGUACCCGUUCCGGCGUGUUGGUGGUGCAGGCAAGGACGAGAAAGGACACCGUACGGUCGGUGGAGGAGAGCCGGCGCGCGUGAGCAGCGUGCGCGAGAAGAUCAAAGGGCGCUCAGACGUAGAGUGGGUGGCCAAUGCGUGGGGGCCGGACGAGCGCGGAGAAGAGCUGUCGUCACGCUUUCAAGAGUUCUAUGCAGAACUGGAGGAUGCGGUGUCCGAGCAGCUGGCGCGGCCGCAGGCGCGCAGGCGCGGGCUGCAUUUUGGGCGGAGGAAGACACCGGAUGACGCGGAGAGCUUGGCGGAGAGCCUGGACAUUGCGUGCCGGGCGCCUUCCGAGAAGGCAGCUAUACUUGUUGCUGUUCACAAGAUCAUAGUCGAUGGACUGUCGAAGAUUCCACCUAUCGGGCUCAGGUCCGAGGAAGACAUGCUGGACGAGAAGACCCCGCGUGCGUCGAGCUUUGGGCGCGGAGUAUCAGAAGAAGACGACGACGUCGACGACGAUCAUGAUGAGAACAACAUCACGCUGAGGGACGAGUCCGGCGCGAAUGCCGAAGACCCUGUACCAGCCCUGGGUGCACCAUUGUCACCGACGAUCAUCCUCUCUCCGGAGGAUAAGCCUGGACACGAAGAACUGCUUCCCGCGCCUGGCGCUACUACCGUGCCCGCAUCCAUACGGAUAGACUCGUCACAUCUCUCGCCCAGCGGUCCGCCAUCCCCGCGGUCCGCCGCGUCUCUACAGAGCAGUUCUCUGCAACCCACAGUAUCGUCCCGGAAUGCAUCACCGACGCCCGUCUCAGGGGACAUCAUCCUACCGUUGAUGAUCUUCGCCGUGGUCAAGGCAAACCCCCCGCGCCUCGUGUCUAACCUUCUUUACACACAGCGCUUCCGCAGGGAGAGUGCAAGUGGGGGCGAGGAGGGAUACUGCCUCAUAAAUCUGAUGGCAGUGGCUGAGUUCCUCGAGAACGUUGAUUUGGCUGCGCUGGGUUUGGGCGAGAGUGAGGGCACCGUGCUAAGCGCCUCUCAGCUCAGUCCUAUUCCUGUCGGAAGAUCAGUUCGAUUCCCGGGUAAUGAGCCGCCCUCGCCACAGAUCAUACAAGCUAGCUUGCGUGGCCGUGUCGAGCAGCAGGUAGAUGCCAUUACCGGUUCAGCAAACAAGGUGAUCUCUGGCGUCGUCGACACCUCCUUUGGGGUCCUUCGUUCGCUCCUUCCAGGCCAGAAUCAGAGCCAACCGAUCGUGGCGAGUCCUACUAGUGAGACCACGGAUGACGCGUCGUCGCGCCCGGGAUUCGGGAUCCUGCGACGAGAUACUGGUUUCUCAAUUGCGAGUUUAGCGGCAUCGCUUCCGGGAAGUCGUGCAAGGUCGGCGACAGCGACGACAAAUGAGGAAACCGGGCAGAUGAUGAUCGAGGUCCCUUCAAGGCCAGGAUCCAGUCGCUCUGUGCGGAUUAUAGACGACGAGUUGUCUGCGUCAGAGGCAGAGAGCACUGGAGAUGAAGAAGACGAGGACGAGGAGGACGAUGAAGCCGAGUUCGGACACGAUACAAGGAGCAUACGCAGUUUCGAAAGCAUGAUGAGCGGUCGCACUGGACGGGCGAAAGGCAAGAGAAAGCCGAACGGGCGGAUGAGCCUCACGGAUCGACUUGCAAGCAUGCCUGGUCUUUCGCGUCUGUCCCAGAACCAGCAAGCGGAUCCCUCAAAGGUCCAGAACUCUCCGCCUGGUUCUCGCAGAUCAUCGCUGCUGCUGCCCGCAGGCUCUGUGCCAAAUCGUUUCGACUCACCUGUAUCGUCUCGCGCUCCGUCCCCAAUUGCGAUACGGAUAUCACCUCCCAACCCCCGCUUUAUGAACGCCACAGAAGAUGACAUCAAGGUUUCGGAGGUGGGCGAACUUCUGAGAGAGUACAAGCGGCUUGUGGAGACAGUUCGCGCCAUGGGUGGCUUCCAUGAGGAGUGA